CUUACAAAUUAUUCUUUAAAAAAUGAACGUUGAAUAUUAAUUAUACCUAAGCAAAUUCCUUUAUCAUUCCUUUGAUUGUUGGCGGUAAAGUGCGACCAAACUAAAACACUAAACUCACUAGAAUCACCAUCCAUCCCGCACGAAAAAUAACUAUGCGGACUAACCCAGUCGUGCCAUUAUAGUGUCCGGAGGGGUCUCUCAGGCAGCAGCCCAGCGAAACCUGCGAAACGCAGUGUGAUACUGUGAUGAGUGAUGUAGUCGAGCUCGACUGACCUCAGGUAUACCCAUAUGUCAAAAGCAGCAUGUUUAUAAAGAGAAAUUAACGACUCCCGUCAAGUAACAUGGAUGAUAGGGCAGAUUCCAACAAACACGAAUAUCUGAGAAAGAGGCCUACACCCUCCACGGACAUUGACAAAACUAGCUUUAAGCCACAAAACAUCCGAGUGGAAAACGUCAAUCCAGAAUCCGAAGCUUUCUCCAACUACUUAGGCAAACAUGCACCUAUGCCAACCAAGAAAAGGGUGUCUCUUAGACAAUUUUUACAAACAGAACUUACCCGUGGCUAUCAACUCGAACAUGACGAAGAACGAUUCUCGGCACGACGAGAGAAAAUUUAUUCAUUCAUCAAGAUACCGAAAGAAGUGGAGAAAUUCAUGACCUAUGGCUUUUUUCAAUGUGCAGACUCCUUUUUGUUCGUUUACACAUUUUUGCCACUGCGGUUUGCAAUGGCACUAUGGGCUGUAAUAACAAGACCUUUAAAACACUGUUUGGGGAAUAAGCAAAUUAAAAAGAAAGGUGAAGGAUUCCUGCGACCUGCAGAGAUAUGUGAUUUAUUAAAAGGGGUAGUGGUUUUAGGUUGUUGGGCAAUGACAUGGAAAGUUGACACUUCCAUGAUGUAUCACUUAGUGAAAAGUCAAUCCGUGAUAAAACUGUACAUUUUUUAUAACAUGCUGGAAGUUGGAGAUCGUCUCUUCAGUGCCUUUGGUCAAGAUACUAUAGAUGCGUUGCUAUGGACUGCAACAGAGCCAAGAUCUAAAAGUAAAUCUAUGCAUUCGCAACACCUUGGAACUCUACCUCACUUAUUAUUUGCUCUUGUUUAUGUCCUAUUGCAUAGUAUUCUAGUGCUAUUUCAGGCAACAACUUUAAAUGUAGCUAUAAAUAGUAGUAAUAAGGCUCUUCUGACAAUCAUGAUGUCAAACAAUUUUGUUGAAUUGAAAGGCUCUGUGUUCAAAAAAUUUGACAAAAAUAAUCUCUUCCAAUUGUCCUGCAGUGAUGUAAGAGAGCGUUUUCAUUUAACCAUGCUUCUUCUUGCUGUGACAUUACAAACUUUAAAAGAGUAUGCAUGGCGCGCGGAUCGACUAGCUGUUCUUCUUCCAGAUUGUAUAUUAUUAUUAUUUGCAGAAGUUCUUGUUGAUUGGGUAAAGCACGCAUUUAUCACACGUUUUAACGAACUGCGUUCUACAGUAUACAGGGAUUAUACUGUAAGUCUAGCAUAUGACAUGGCCCAGACUAGACAAGAAACAGCCUUCUCUGAUCCCUCAGAUUUGGUAGCUAGACGCAUGGGUUUUAUCCCACUUCCAUUAGGAGUGGCGAUUGCUCGAGUCUUGUGUACAACUUUGACGCCAUCUGCUAAACCAGCCAAUAUUAUACUUGUCUUUCUGGUGUACUUGAUUCUUGUGACCCUUCGCGUACUGAUCAGUUUAUGGAUGCUAGGCCAUGCAUGUGAUAUCAUAAGCUUACAUACUCAUUCAACUACAACAGAUCAGAAGAAAGCAGCAUUCAGCAGCAAAUCGAACGCCUGGGAGUUUGGUGAUACGCUAAAUGAUCCAACUGAAAAUAAGAAUUUUACCACACCAAUGUUUUCGAAUAGCUCCGUGAGUCUAAAUAAUGUAUGUUUAAAUGAUUCAUUACUGAAAAAAGAGAAAGAAAGCCUUGAUAGAACAUCGAGUCCAAGUAAGACCGACUUGAAGUCGGAGAAUUUUUUGGUCCUCUCUAAUAACGUCGUUAGAGCGGGAAGCGAACCUUUGUUAUCUCAGGAGUGAACAUUCAAGAUCUAACUGUAUAUGUACAUGUAUUAAAGUAGAUUUUUUAUGCAUAACUUGUAUAUAAUACAAAUAUUGAUACUUUGUAUAUACGCGUCACCAGUCAACUAGAAGAUAAUGCAUCAUAACUGUGUGCUUCACACUGUAGAUUAUGACUCUAAAUAUUCAAGUGUACAUAACAAAUUUCUGUAAUGGUGAAAAUAAGCUGAAUUAAAUUGUUUACAGCUUCUAUAUAGUAUAGUCAAACAUAAUAAAUUGAUUUUUAAUGUUUCGCAAAA